AUGUCAGCCAACGCUCCUCAGCCGGUCAAGCUUUCGCUUCCUCUUGGAUAUCAGCAGAGUCUGUUCCAGGAGCUGAGAAACGAAGAUGAGCUCGUUGUGCUCGCCCGCGGCCUGGGGCUGAUGCGACUCGUCACCAAUCUGCUUCAUUCCUAUGAUGCGGCGGGGAACAACUUGAUUAUCCUCGUUGGCGCUGAGGACCGCGAAAACAACUGGAUCGGCGAGGCCCUCGCCGAGCAUGCCGCCAUCAGCAUGUCCCCCAACGCCAGGGGGCUCACCGUGGUCAACACCGACUUCACCAGCGUUGGCGCUCGAGAAAAGUUGUAUGCUCGCGGCGGCAUCUUCAGCAUCACCUCGCGCAUUCUCGUCGUUGAUCUUCUGACCAACUUGCUCGACACCGAGAAAGUCACCGGCCUACUCGUUCUUCACGCCGAUCGCGUUGUCGCCACAUCUCUGGAAGCCUUCAUCCUGAGAAUCUAUCGACAGAAGAACAAAGCCGGCUUUCUCAAGGCAUUUGCCGACAACCCCGAUCCCUUCUCGACCGGCUUCUCACCAUUGGCCACGAUGAUGCGAAAUCUUUUCUUAAGAAAAGCAUCAUUGUGGCCGCGCUUCCAUGUCACAGUAGCAGAGUCGCUAGAGGGCAAGAAGACGGCGGAGGUCAUUGAGCUGAACAUUACUAUGAGCGAUGCCAUGCGCGAUAUCCAAAACGCCGUCUUAGAGUGUGUCGAGGUCAGCAUUCACGAGCUAAAGAAGGGGAACACGGGCCUGGAAAUGGAGGAUUGGAACCUCGACAGCGCCUUACACAAGAACUUUGAUGUCAUUAUCAGAAGACAACUUGACCCAAACUGGCACAGGGUCAGUUGGAAAACACGACAGAUUGUCAACGACUUGAGCGUUCUUCGUGGGAUGCUGUCGUCCGUCUUGGCACUUGAUGCCGUAUCCUUUUUGCAACAUCUCGACACAAUCCACGCAGCACAUUCACCACCUCCGGGCUCCACGAGACAAAAUCAGUCACCCUGGCUGUUCCUUGACGCAGCGCAGACCAUCUUUGAGACGGCCAGACGCCGCGUCUACGCUGCUAGCGCGAAAGCUGCAACUGCAGAUGCAAAUAUCGACUCCUUGCGACCAGUCCUCGAGGAGCAACCAAAAUGGGCUUGGCUGGCGGAUGUCCUGACAGAGAUUGACAACAGCAUGCACUUCGACCCUCCAGCCCGCGACGACUCUAAUGGCACAAUCCUAAUCAUGUGCGGUGACACCAACACGUGCCGCCAGUUGCGCGACUACCUUCAAACAAUGCACUUCAAGCCGAAAGUGGAGAAGAACCCAUCCGAGGAGGACGACGAGGACGCCGAUCAGCCAUCAGCUUCCUUCAUGAUGAGGAGAAAGCUACGAAACUAUCUUCGAUGGAAAAAAGAAUUCGCUCAGGUCAAUGCAACACUCUUCUCCGAGAACCAAAAGGCGCUCAACGGCGCAACCGACAGAAAUGGCCAGCCGCUCAGGGGCAAGCCGUCAAAUAAACGGAGGCGUAUGAGAGGCGGCGGAGCCGGGGGCGGCGCGUCAACCAGAGCUGAGAAUGGCAGCAUUGCUCAGUUCUUUGAGCGACCGGCGGAAGUUGAGGAUCUCAUGGCUGAGGUCCAGAUCACCGCGGAAGAGGCGGAACAGAAGCCGGAGAUUGUCACUGACCCACUGGAGAACAUGGAGGAUUACUACCAGCUUUACGAUAUGCAGGAUCUCGUCGUCAUUCAUGCUUACGACGGAGAUCACGAUGAGCACGUUCUGGAGGAGGUGAAGCCACGGUACAUCAUCAUGUACGAGCCCGAUGCCGCCUUCAUCCGUCGAGUCGAGGUCUACCGGUCGUCACACAACGACAGAAAUGUCCGUGUGUACUUCCUAUACUACGGCGAAUCCGUCGAGGAGCAACGCUAUCUUUCCAGCGUGAGACGAGAGAAAGACGCAUUCACGAAACUCAUCAAGGAGCGGGCGUCCAUGUCAUUGGUCAUGACGGUAGACCCUCACGGUGUCGAAGAUCCUCAAGAAGCAUUCCUCCGCACCAUCAACACCAGAAUCGCCGGCGGCGGUCAUCUAGCUGCCACAGCACAACCGCCGCGUGUAGUAGUCGACGUUCGAGAGUUCCGCUCGUCACUUCCAUCCCUACUUCACGGACGAUCUAUGAUCAUCGUACCCUGCAUGUUGACAGUGGGAGACUACGUGCUCUCGCCCAACAUCUGCGUCGAGCGCAAGUCCAUCAGCGAUCUCAUCUCCUCCUUCAAGGACGGCCGCCUCUACGCGCAGGCCGAGACCAUGUUCCAGCACUACAAGAACCCAAUGCUCCUCAUCGAGUUCGACCAGAACAAGUCCUUCACGCUCGAACCCUUCGCAGACCUAUCCGGCAGCCUGAACAGCAUCGCGCCCACGAACGUUUCUUCGGACCUGCAGUCCAAGCUCGUGCUCCUCACCCUCGCGUUCCCGAAGCUGCGCAUCAUCUGGUCCUCGUCCCCGUACCAGACGGCCGAGAUCUUCGAGUCGCUCAAGUCGCAGGAGGACGAGCCGGAUCCCAUCGCCGCGGUGCGUGCGGGUCUCGACAAGGAUAUGAAGGCGGAGGACCAGUCCUUCAACCUGGAGCCUCAGGAGAUGCUGGCCGCGGUGCCGGGUGUCAAUCCCAAGAACAUUAUGCGGCUCGUGCUAGCGACGGAGAAUGUAAGAGAGGUUGCGAAUCUGAAUGAGAAGGAACUCGAGCCCAUGGUAGGCAAGGAAGCCGGGCGGCAAAUUUACGGAUUUUUCAACCGUAACGUACUGGAAGAUUAG